AAUAAUGUCUAAACAACUUAAUGAAGCAGAUCGUAUUGCAAUAUGUCAUAAAAAACGUGAGAAUCCGGAUAUUACUCAAGUACAAUUGGUCAAAUGGGUUAAAGAAAAACUUGGCAAGUUUGUUACUCAAGCGACUAUUUCCAAUACUCUUAAACAUUCUAUUAAUAUUUUGGCUGAAGAUAUGAUAAUUAAUAGUAAACGGCAACGACAACGCAAAGUUAUGUAUCCUGAACUUGAAGAGCGUCUUUUUGAAUGGAUUUUGAAGUUUCAACAUACUGGUCAAUUAACUGGAGAAACAUUAAAAACAAAAGCAAUAGAAAUAGCAACACAUUUAUAUUCGGAUGAAUUAACAUUGACAUUUUCUGCGGGUUGGUUAGAAAAAUUCAAAAAACAUCAUGGAAUUCGACAAUUUGUAACACAUGGUGAAAGUGGUUCU